GAACCCCCUACUUCACUGGUGUGUGUGUGUGUUCCACGGCUGCCUGAUGCUCUUUGAUAGCGUUUGCCAUCAGAAGUAUACAAUCGCCAGUGUAACGCGAUCAGAACUGCUUUGAGAAUUGUUGACUCGGCCGGGCAUUGCCGCCCUGGUGCCAGCCAGCCAUGCUCAACUGCGGAGCAAUGGACGGUAAGAUGAUUGAGCAGGAGAUGCAGCGUCUCCAGGCAGAGUACAGCUCACUCAAGGCGAGUGCGGACGAGGAGGAGGCCGCAGAUGAGGUGAAGCUGCACGAUGCGCAGUUGGAGCGCUUGCGGCUGCGCGGGAUGUUGGAGCGCUAUCGUGACCGGCCACCCAAGGUCGAAGAGCUGGCUGAGAGGUACGAGGCGGAGAUCGACGAGUGGGCGGAGACGCUGCGCCAGCUUCAGGAGGAGAACGCUUUGCUGGUGCACCAGGACUACGAGGAGGCCACUCCCAGCCGGACGCCGACCCGAAGGAUCUCCAAGGGCACAGCCCUGCGGCAGCACAAGGCGGCCCGGGAGGUGCGGCAGCUCGAGGCGCAGCUCGCGGCCCUGCGGCGCCGGACCCGGGUGAACGAGUGGUACCUGGCGCAGCUCAAGGCCCAGCUGCAGGAGACUGCAAAGAUCCUCCAAGGCAAAGAGAACCACCUGAAGGACCUCCGGGAGCGCUUUGAUGCGGCUGGUGAACACCGCCAGCGCUUGAGGGAAGAGCAGGUACGCACUCAGCAGAUGCUGGAGAGCGAGCGGCAAGAGCUGGUUCAGCUGCAUCAGGAGGCGCUGGCCUUGCGAGAGGCUUGCUUUCUGCCAGCUCAGCUGAAGAAGAAGAGCAGCGUGCUGACCAAGUUUCUGGAGGAGGGCGGUCGCCACAAAAUGGAGAAGCACCUCCGCGGCCGCGACACGGUGACGAAGCUCUACAAGAGCGUAGCGGAGCAGGCUCCAGAGCUCCAAGCCCUGGCUGGCCGCGCCAAGUCAGAGAUGGAUGCCGCCUUCGCCAGGUACCAGCAGCUGCAGUUGCAACACAGCCGCUUGUUGCAGCAGCUGCGGUUAAACUUGGCCAGGGAUGCCUUGUCAGCCAGUCCUGAGCGGUCCAAAGUCGUCGAAGGGAAGCUGCGCUGA